AUGCAUCAAUCCUCUGGCGGUCGUGGCAAUAAUAAUCAUAAUAAUAAUUGGCAGCGUUUCCAACAGCAACAACAUCAAUAUUAUCAUCAUAACUCGACGCUCGAGUCUCACCCCAAUGAAUCCCAAAGUUUCUAUCCACGUUCUCAGUCAAAAGUCUAUCAACAAUUGAGAGCUACUGUUAAUGCACCACCUCGACAAAAAGAGGUUGUAGCUUUUAUUGAAAAGUUACGAGCAAAUCAGUCGAGUCUUGCAGCACCACCGAAUGCACUGACAAUAAACGUCGUGGUCCAAGCUAUUUGCAAUCAUUUCCAUGUCAAUACAUUUGAAGACUUGAUGGGCAUCAGUCCAUUACAAUUACCCAUACUAAAACAGUUACAUACUGUAAAUCAACGGGUGUGGACAUUUGUUACUUGUUUCAUCCAAAGUCGUCGGAUUCAUACGCUCUUGGAAUGUCAAGAAUUUUUUUACAACAAGAAGGACUUCAAUCGUUUCACGAACUGA